UUCAGAGUCACAAAAUUUAAUCAUGGACCCCCGUACCAGUGCCCAGGAUGUGAUGCGAUGUGAGCUGUGUGAGACCGCUGUGGUACACAUGCACUGUGAUACAUGUCUUGUCAACCUGUGUAAGGCCUGUGUGGGAGAACACUUCUCUGCUGAUCUCUCAAAACCUCAUAAAAUUGUGGACUUCAAAGAUAGAAAAUCCACUCUCCUUUACCCUGGUUGUAAAUUCCAUGACAAAGAACGAUGUAAAAUGUACUGUAACCAAUGUGACAUUCCUGUCUGCCAUAAGUGCAUUGCAUCUGAUCAACAUCUAGGUCAUAAGGUAUCAGAAAUCUUGAAAGUUGUGGAUGAAAAAAAGAAUAAACUCAUAAAAGAACAAACUGAAUUAAAUGAGACAAUUUAUCCCACCUACCAGGACAUCGCAUCUGAAGUACAAAACAGAAUGAGUCAGUUUGAAAAGGAAUAUGGAGAUCUCUCAACAGCCAUAACAAAACAUGGAGAGGAAUGGCACAAAGAAAUUGACAAACUUGUCAAGAAACUUAAAGCUGAAGUUGAUGCGAUUAAAAACACACAGUUACAAACUCUACAGAAACAUCUGGAUGAAAUAAACAAGACAAAGUCUGACAUCAAGGAUGAAAUUGAUUCAAUGGAAACUGCAAUAGACACCAAUGAUAUGUCAAAAUUGUUUAGUAUCAUAUCCAAUGUACACACAUACAGAGAUCUUCCAGACAAAAUUAUACCAUCUUUACCUAAAUUCAUUCCAGGAAAAAUCCAAGAAGUAAGUAAAAUGUUUGGAGCCUUAUCAUCAAGUUCUUUAACAUCAGAUAAACAUGGCUACAGCAUGAAGACAACACAGAAAUCACCAGAAGCUGGAUCCUCUCCUCCAGUCAAACAACUGCUUGAUGAAGCAGAGACUGUCACCACCAUAGACACUGGGUAUGGAAACCUUUACAAUGUGGCCUGUCUGAGUGAUGAAGAAAUCUGGACAAGUGGAUAUGACAGAACCAUGAGACUCUACAGCAUCAAUCAGGGAUCACUACUCAAGUCAAUUAAAACCAAGUCAGGGAACUGUCCAUCUAACAUAAUAGUGACAAAAAGUGAACAUCUAGUUUAUACUGAUAACAGUGAUAGAACUGUGAACAUUGUGAAGAAUGAGAAGAUAGAGGAGGUGAUCAGAUUACAGAACUGGAAACCUAAAGGUGUCUGUAGUACCUCCUCUGGUGACCUCCUGGUUAUCAUGGACACUGAUGAUUACAAACAAUCAAAAGUUGUCUGUUACUCUGGCUCUACAGAGAAACAAACCAUUCAGUUUGAUGAUAAAGGUAAACCUCUCUAUUCACCUAGUUUUUAUAUACUAAGAUACAUUACUGAGAACAGGAACCUGGAUAUCUGUGUGUCUGAUGAGAGAGCUAAUGCAGUAGUGGUGGUCAAUCAGGCCGGGAAACUGAGAUUCAGGUACACUGGGCAUACUCCUGCUCCAAAGAACAAACUAUUCUAUCCACAAGGAAUCACAAAAGACAGUCAGAGUCACAUCCUUACAGCUGAUUACAACAAUGAAUGUGUCAACAUCAUAGACCAGGAUGGACAGUUCCUCCGUUACAUAAACUGUGGACUGAGGUAUCCCUGGGGACUGUGUAUAGAUACAAAUGAUAAUCUGUUUGUUGCUCAAGAGAGAAAUAAACAAGUGAAGAAAAUCAAAUAUCUUUGGUGAAAUCCAAGAUUGUAUAGAUUUAAAAUUAUACCAAAC